CUGAGAUCGAAAUUCUUGCCUCACUCUGUGUUAAUAUAUGAUCAAGGAGUACUGCUCAUUCUGAAGGGACAGAGAGAAAGAGAAUCAUGUGUUGCAUAAUCCCGAUCUUGGCUGCGCUCGUAGCUUUCACUCCGCCGGCGAUCUACUGCUUCCUGUCGCAGAACUGCGGCGACCUUGUCGACGAUUUAGCUGUGGGUAAGUACAUCGUAACAGCCGAUUCUUGCUGGAGUUUGUGGAAGAGGGUGGCUCUCGUGCUUGCACCGCCGUUGCUGGUUCUACUUCUGAGAUGCUGCUGCUCCGUGAGAAGGCCGCCGCCGCGGAGGCAGCCGAAAACCCUUUGACAAAGACUAUACCAAGCACUUUGUAUGAUGAACAAGGUGAACGGAAGAGGCAGAUGACUUAAUUAUUAUAGCUCAUUCAUGUAGCCCUGGAAAUGG